AUGGCGUACGUGACGUGCCCAAGCGUCGAGGACAUUCUCACUGAAAAGCAGAUGCGAACGAUUGUUGAGCGAUCUCUCGGUGCGACCGCUGCUCAGAUCGUCGCCUGCGACAAGCGGCCAGCGGUGACAGGCUUGGCCGGCUUCCUAGGCGACCACUUUAGGGUGACGAUACACGUGAAGGUCGACGGCUCGGUGAAGAAGUUGAGACUGUUCGUGAAGACGGUGCCGGCGCUCAAUCGGCCUAAGGCGGAUUUCAUUAAUAAACACGGCUACUUUCGGAGGGAGAUGGUGGCGUUGAGGCUGUCGGAGGAAAUGCGCGGCGCCGAGGGGCCAAAUCCCUGGUGCUCGCGAGUAUACCUAUGCAACGAGGGCGCUUUGGUUAUGCCGGACCUGGCGCCCGAGGGAUACAAGACAUUCAGGAGCCAUGAGACGCUCGACCUCAAACACAGUCUUGUAACGGCCGCGUCCAUCGCGCGUUUCCACGCGUCCUUCGCCAACUACGCGACUCGGAGGGGCAUCGAAGAUAAGCGUGCUUAUAAUUUCCUUCAGGAGUGCGUCGACGUGGCUGUAGAGCCCACUUUCUGUGAGUCGCCAUGGCUGAGGGCGGCUGCCAAGCUCUCCGUCAACUUCCUGCAAGCGUUCUCCAAAAAGUUUGCCCAAUACCCAGCAGACCUGGAGCGCCUUUUGGUGGAACGGUAUCUCGAAGCGUGCGCCGAACUGAAAGAGCAUGAGGACACACUCAAUGUGAUUAUUCACAAGGACCUGUGGAUAAACAACAUAAUGUUUAAGCACAGCGGUGACGAGCCGACGAACGCUUUGCUUAUAGACUUCCAGUGUCUGCGCUACGGUCCGCCAGCCUUCGACCUGAUGAUAUUCCUGUACCUAACGACUGUCAGGCGAUUCAGGGAGCGGCACGAAAGAACUAUCAUUCGGCACUACUACGACGUCUUCACGGAGUCAUUGGACGACGCCACCAAAGGGAGAUUGAAAGAGUUUAAUUAUAGUCGUGAGGCGUUUUUAGUUUGGUGCGAGAGAAGCAGAAUGUUUGCCGCCUUCGAAGCUAUUGGCAUAUUCCCGUUCGUGCUGAUGGACCCGGCGAGCGCGCAGAAGACCUUCGACGACCCCGCUACUUAUUUCAAAUACUGCGAAGUAGACCGCACGGAGCCCGUUCUGGACUACUGCCGGCUCUCCAGGGUCUAUAUGGAGAGGCAGCUGGAGGUGAACGAGGAAUUCGUUGAACGAUACGUAUUGAAUCAGCCGCAU